UGGUUACCUCACUUCCUGUCCGCGACUGAACGGGAGAGCGGGGAAAUCUGGCAGACAGCACCGAGAAAGUAACAUUAGCAACGACUUCUUUCUUCAGCUUCUGUCGCAAAGCAUUCACCGAAAAUGAGGAGCUUAGAGGAGGUGCAGGCCACGCUGGAGAUCGCCAAACUGAAAGAGGAAGAUUUACUCCCAGCUGUCCAAUGUUUAUCAUUUGGAGACAAUGUGUCAUCUGCAGACUACUGCCUGAUGGAGCUGGAUGAAACGCUGUGCAAACAUAUAGAAGCUGGAGAAAGUCUUGUUAUUCGGGGGGAUAAAGAGGAGCGCGCAGUGCUUUGUAGCAGCAAUAAGACCUAUGACUUGAAAAUAGCCGACACAUCCAACCUGCUGCUGUUUGUACCCGGCGGCAGAACACCAGAUCAACUAACCGACAACCAGGACAGCUUUCAUGUGGUGCACACUCAGGUUUGGGGGUUCUGUAACAGUUACUGGGAGUUGAGGAAACAGAGACCUAAACUGAAAAAGCUGAAGAAGCUUUUAAUGGAAAAUCCUUAUGAAGGACCUACAUUAGGGGAACAAGAAGAGAACACAGAGAACAAGUACACAAUGGAGGAUCUAUUAGAGAGGAUUCAGGCCAGUGAGGAGGAAUUAAAGACCCACAUGGAGACCAUCCACGCCUGUCAGAUAGAAGGAUACUGGCGUGUGCUGGACUUCGACUAUGAGAUGAAGCUUCUCGGUCACGUGACCCAGCUGGUGGAUUCUGAGUCAUGGUCCUUCAACAAGGUCUCCCUUCAAACAAGUGUGGAGGAGCUGGGUCCACUGGAGCCCAGGGAGAUGAUUGAGCACUGUUUAAACUGCUAUGGAAAACGCUACUCUGAAAAUGGCGAGGUGUUCUAUGCAUUGCAUGAGGAUAAGGUGUGUUGGGGCCUGGCGCUAAUGUUGCUGCAGAAUGUUGUCAAGUUCAACCUGAAGGAGUUUCAGUACGUCUGGCAGCAGAGUGUCCCAGAGGGCAUGAGUACCAGACUGGACCAGUUAAAGUACUGGCAGCUUUAUAAUUCUUCCAGGGGGUUGCUCUGGUGGAUCGAACCUCCCACCCAGAAACCAUCCGCCUGCUGCGAGUGGAAGAUCUCCCAGAGGACACAGUGGAGCGCUUCAAUCACCUCUUCUCGCUCAGAGAGAAGUGGACAGAGGAUGACAUCACGCCUUACAUACAAGACCUUUGUGGAGAGAAGCAGACCACCGGAGCCCUCCUGACCAAAUAUGCUCGAUCAUCAGUGCAAAAUGGAAUCAAAGUCUUCAAUUCAAGAAGACCUGUGGCUACAUGAUGUAUCCUGGAAGACCAGAGAUUGAUUUCCAUACCAGUGAAAUCAACGUACCUAAAAUGUUAUAUUGCAAUGAACGUGUAAAGUUUUUAAAUCAGUUUGGAUCUGUCGGUUUUUACUAUUGUCUGUUUAAAAUCGUGUAGUAACAAAAUGUGUAAUAAAAUAAAGUAAAGUUC